AUGGGUCAAGCAGUGUCGAGGCACCGACAAACACAAUCUCGCCCAGAACCUGCGAAUCGCGAUAGUACUCUUGCGGAGGCCAGCAGUAGUAGGCUGCCGUCAUCAUCUCAGGGGACCAUUUCGGCGGCGAGCAAACGCUCUCGUCGUACAGCGAUACGCCGCAGCGUCCUUGGACUUCUCCCGCACUCGCAAUCCUCGGGCUCUCUGCGCGACAAUGCCUCCUCUGGCUCGGAAAGUGCACAGCCCGUACGGAAAUUAUGGCGCCGGUCGCGACGAUGGUCCAAGGCACCGGUGCAUGCAGAACUGGCUGAGGCAGGGCAAGCAGGGGCUGCAGGGCAUGGGGUCAACGAGAUGGGGGAUGUUUCUGCGGUGAGCGAGUCCAGCGCUAGCGUGCGAUCUUCGACGCCUGCACUAGAGCGAUCAUUGGUGGAAGAGCAGCACAUAUCUCAGGCCAUCCAGCAUGACCUGAGCAGUGCUGUUACCCAGGAGCAGCUCGCGCCGCACAGUAGCUCAAGACCACCUAGCCUCGCUCAAGUACACCGAGACCUCGAAGAGUUUCUCUCAGGCCGCCCUACCUCCGUGACCGAUGAGGCGUCAUUACCCCUGCCUACAAUUGAGCAACCAGCGUCUGGACCCGAUUUGACCCCGCAGGCGCCUCGUCAGUUCCCGCCUCCAGGGACACUCGUGGUUGUACAAGGUGUGGUAAACACGACAGAUGCGCCGUCUGCUGGGCGUGAGCCUUCGACAUCCACGCUACGGUCUUCACGCUCUGCGACACCACGACCGGGCUCGGGUGGGCACCUCACAGGCUCUCUCCGCCGUGCGGCAUCGCUGUCAUCUGCAACACGCGAGGAUGAACGUCUCGGUACGAGGAACCGGCUGUCAUCCUUCAUUUCGCGCUCACGGCCCUCGUCGUCUGCUGGGAACCCGAGUGGAGCCGAUUCGGCAUUGCAUCGCAAUUCCGCCGCGCCGUCGGACCUGCCGUCUUCUACGAGCCAGGAGACGAUAUCAGCCGAGAAUGCGUCUUCUGAGAGCCAUGAUGAAUCGAGUUCGGACAACGAUGGGCCAGCACGGACGUUAUCACCAGGUAGCAUUGAUGUCCUCGGGACGCUUCUGAGUGUCGCUGCUGCCGCUACAGCGGCUUCAUUAUUUUCACCUGGACUAGCAUUCCCUCUGCAGAACACCAAUACUGCUAACACUGAUCCAGGAUCAAACCGACCAAUGUCUCCAACGCCGACAGCGGGCUUGGGAAAUUUACCCGGCUUUGGUAACAUGGCGGGUCUUGACCAAGCACGAGGCCCCGCACAGCGGGACGGACGAGACCGUAUCCGAAAUGUGUGGGAGAAUGUGCGGGAACGACUUGGUUUGAACUCACGGAGUCCGUUUGUUUCUGGGCCGAACUCAUCCACACUGGAGGAUGGCGGUGACGCGGGCGAGAAUCGCAUGCGGCCGGGAGAGUUGAUGCUUGCCGAGAUGGCUCGGGCGCUCAAUAUUGGGCUGGGUCUCAAUGACAGCACCACGGCGCCGGCUGCACGGUCAACAGAUCAGGACACCGCUGACGGCGCGUCUGCCUCUGCGACUGACGAUGCUACGCAAUCUGCGGGUGUAGACAACGCGGAUCGUCAUCUGCCUCCCGAGGACAGUUUUGAGCGGUUUUUACUGAACUUGCAGGCGGAUCUUCGUACGGCCUUGUUGCAGGAUGGCAUGGGGAGCCAAAGCGAGCGGGACAACAUUCCUUUGAACACGGCGUCGGCACCAACACAUGUGGACGGACCAGAACACGUCGCGGGACCCUCGGAUAUCGCAAGAGAAAAUGAGCAGCUCGCCGAUGCACAGCAAGCUACUGUCCUAGACACAGAAUCGCACGACGACGAUGGACCUCCUCCGCUAGCAGACGUUUCCGAUUCAGACUCUGAGGACGACGAUGACGGCGAUGACGACAACGAUGACUUGGAGGACGAAGACACUCCUCGCGCUGCCCGUACUCCCACCCCGAUGCCUGGCGCGUUUCCCUUCGGCGGCGACCAUCGACAUGACGCUCAAGGCGAACGCAGGCCUCCUGGUGUCAACCUCUGGCGCCUGUACCGCUUCCAGCCAAUACCUGCCUCACAGACGCAUGGGCAUGCGGCCAGCACGAGCUCACAAGAUUCAUCCACGCCGAUCAUAGGCGUUACUUCUUCCUCCAGCCCCGAGACUGCAGGCACUGGCACCUCCCCUCCCUCUUCCUCUCCCUCUCCCUCAUCACCAGAAUCGUCUCCCGACGCCUCUGGUACUACUAGUAGCACGGCAGACACGAACGUAAACGUUGUCGUGCCGGUCAUCGUGGUCGGACUGCAAUCUGUAGACAUGACACGAAACCCCGACCACAUCCCUCCAUCGCACGAACACCCACAUCCGUCGGAUGAGGGCCGGCCAUCGGACCCGAACCUGGGUUUGUCGGAUGACUGGCGACGUGUGGGUGGUGCAUCCUACGGGGAUAGUCAGAGUGGUACCCAGCCUCGUGGCAGAACAUGGCAAUCGCGUGCCGCCAAUGCAUUGAGGACGUUGCGUCCUGGGCGGAGGGGCGGGUCGCAUGGUACGCGGACGAACGAUUCCACAGGUGCAAGGACGUUCCUCAUUUAUGUCAUUGGAGGCUACUACCCUCCGAAUCACCACAUGGUCACCGGGUCCGAUAGCCUUGAUUCGUACGAUGCUCUAUGGGAGCUCGCCGAACUCCUGGGCCAGGUCAAACCUCCAGUUGCCUCGCGCGAAGAUAUCGACAACUCCGGUUUACAAAUCAUCAAGGCAGCUGAUCUUACACAGUACGAAAGGGAAGGCAGGGUCUCUUCUAACUGCACGGAGAGGUGUCUGAUCUGUCUUGAUGACUAUGCGCCCGAGGGCAGUGUUCGUCUGAUGUCCUGCAAGCACGCAUUCCACAAAGACUGUGUAGACAAAUGGCUGCAGGUAGGCCGCAACAACUGCCCUGCUUGCCGGACGAAGGGUGUCUCGACCGUUGGUGAACCCAGCGUCUGAGAUGAAGGUGUCGCAUAUCGACGUUGUACAAAAGAAUGCUCUCUAUUCCCACUCUCAUUAUUGGACUCUUCGUUGCAUCUUGACUGAUUACUCUUCCUAUCGUUCUUUUUCGCUCAGUCCUGUUUCUCUAUUGUUUUCGCAUCGUCUCCGCUCUCACGUGUAGCACAGUUAACCCAUGCUCAAUCGAAAUUUGUUCCUAGCCGCGAUAUCGUCGAGAAUAAUGUUAUAAUGUUCGCCGCAGCUAACUGCUCGUCGAACUCCGCAUAUGCUGUACUAUAUAUCACGAUAGAACUAUACGUCGUGUGGCUUCCGAAUGCAGAUGUUUUCAAGUAUCAA